CAUGUAAAUCUCUAUCCGUGAUAUCAGCUGAUCGACUCCAAUCACGUCGCGCGCGUGAAUACGUGACUUUAAUCGUCGCAGCUGUCAUGGCGUCGUCGCGAGUGCCAGGAUAGCCUCGACGAGAGAUUUCCACGCUGUUUUUUGAGGAAUACUUGGAUUUUGCGACGUGACGCGAUGUUGAUCGCGACGUUAUCCGAUCAUCGUUGAAAAUCGCAUCUGGCCGAACGGAUCUGGAAAUUCAAAGACAAAAUGUCACGCAGAAACAAAAAACGAAAAACCGAGGAGGAAGAGCAAAAAAUAAACGAUGGGGAGCAGGAUAAUUUUUUCUCUGACGAGAUGAGGGAGGAGAUGAAAACAAUGUGGGAGAUACCACAAAUUUUUCACUUUCUUCAUCUUACAAGAGAAUCUCUCAAUAUACCUCAAUUCUCUAUAUACGAAAUGGAGAGGAUGCUGUUGAUACCGAGAGCCUCGAAACAAUUAGCAAACAUCAUGACGUGUUUGUUAAGUUCCCCAAUUACCAAAGCAAAGCUGCGCAAGGUGCCACCGAUGCCAUAUGAAUUUUGGACCAACAUUCUUACACAUAAGAUGGCGAGCUGGUUCAAAGUUUAUCAUGCAAAACACAAAGAUGCGACCAAAGUUCUAGAAACCAUUGGCGUCGAACCAGAAUUCUGGAAGGUCUUCCCUAAUGCCUCGUUACUCGAUGGGAAACACUUUGAAGAUCUAAGUUUUAGGCAGAGAGUCUGGCUGCUGAAAACCGUCUGUGAUACAAUCAUGCAUACUAGAAAAACAGUUCAGGAAGAUAUAGCAAAACAACCAUGGGAAGAUCAGUUUGAAACACUUUUAGGAGUCGAUCGCUAUGGAACGAGAUACAUUUACUUUCCACAAUUUAUCCCAAACGAUCUCAGAAUUUACAGGCAUUGUCUGAACAAUAAAAUUUUGUCGACUGUCAAGCCUGUUAAAAUAAAAGAAGAAACGGAAACGAGCAAGUUAAUCGAUACGAGAUUGAAUAGAUAUAAACAAAAAAAAUUGCAGUCUCACAAUAACUCAGCGUGUCGCAGAUCAACUAGACACAGUAAUAUUAACAAUAAGGAUUUGAAUGAUUACAAGGACAACAACAAUAGCAUCGCGGAUUCGUUUAUCAGCGAGGAUACGAAUUUGAGUAAUACGAGCACGUGUACUAAUAAUAAUAACAUAAGUUUGAAUACCAUAAGUAGAAAACGUUGUAGGAGUUUAUCGAAAAUGUCCGAGGAAAGUACUCUAUCAAAUGCAAAAUCCAGUGGCUAUGAUACCAAUGCUUCUAGUGAUAAGUCUGUCGACAAUGAAUCGUCGUCGAUGUUCAAAGGUUUUAUCAACAUUCAAAAUGAUAAUUCCGGUAUAGGGAUAAUUAAUGAAAUGUUAGAUGACCUAAAGUCGGAAAUUGAUGAAGAAAGGAGAAUGAAUGAACAUGGGAGCAAUAGUAACGAAUCACCGCAAGGAAAUCUUAUGAAAGCGUAUAAAAAUACAAUAGAUUCUUGCGAAACUUUAACCGUUGAAAGAGAUGAGAAUGAGAGAUCGAGCGAUAAUUUGUCCAAUAGCUCAAAAACGGACGAUGAGAAACUGAACGACAUAAUUAGUGCCGAGAAUUCUAAGUUACCUGAGAGUGUAUAUGCCAAAAGUGUUUCUGCCAGUGAUAAUGUAAGUGAUAUUUCAAUAUUGACGUCCAAAUCGGAUGACGAGAAGUUGAGUGAAACGAAGACCAGUGGUAGUAAUGUUAGCAAUAUUUUUAAUGAUUCACUUUGCGCAUCUCCUUCCAUCGAUAGUGUAUCAUUAAGUGAAGAAGUGACUAAAUGUGACUUCCAUUUAGACAAAAAAGUUUCAUCAACAAAAAUAAGAUCGAAUGAUUCAAUUGAAAGAAGAACUUUAAGAAACAGGAUACGACUACGAUCUCGAAAUAAAGCAGGACAGUAUACUAAAGAAAGCAAAAUUAAAGUGGAAAAAGAUGAAAUAAAGAAAAAGAUGAAAUUGGAAGUGGAUAAUAAAAUUGAUGAAGUAGAUGAAAAAAAUUUCUCUGCAAGCGAGUUAGACUUACAAGAAGAUGUCGAAUAUGAUCUAGAUGAUUACACAAACAAUUCCAAUACUGGUUAUAAUUUAAGAAAAUCUAAGGAUCCAGAAACUGAUGAAUAUAAGAAACAUUUCGACAACAUGUUAUCUGAUCUAAGUGUUUCUGAAUUUCAAUUAGUAGUCGACACUGUGGAAGACUUAAGGGAUCUCAUUAGCAGUUUUUCAAACAAUAAUUUAGAAAGCAAUGAUAAAAUAGAAGAAGUAACUCCUCUGUGUGAAGUAACAUUGGUAGUGAAAUUAAACGAGUUAUUAAAUUUCUUGGAACCAAUGGAGGCAGCUUUGAAAGACACAAUGCGAAAAGCAAGGGCAAAACUUCAAAGGGAAUGGUCUAAUUUUAAGGAAGGCAAUGUGGAGGAUCAGGACUCAUCCAGUGAGGGUGGUCUCAGCUCUAAUUGGUGGGUUCUUGGAUCGCAGGGCAGGGAUCCACUAUCAGUUCCCGGAGAUGCAACGUUACAAACGUUACCGCAACUUACCUUAUCCUCACUUGGCACCCAAAACGGUCAACAACAGCGACAAUCAACCGAAGGCGAGAACGCGACCAAGAAUUCCGCCGAGCAAAAUCGCCGCGAGAGUCGGGAAGCGAAUGGCAACGAACAGCGGAAAGAAAACAGCGAGAAACAAUCGGAUGUCGAGACGUCACCGACAAGAAGAGACCAAAUUGAGGAAGGAGGAGAAAAGCGGGAACACAAACAACACGGAGAAAACGAGAAUCCGUCGAACGACAAAGAUGCAGAACAACAGACGCGACGAGUACUACGAACGCGCGGAGUUUCCUCGUACACAGAACAAUUAUAUUCAGACGACGAGAGCGAGGAGGACGAGUUGGAGGAAUGGACCGAUGUUGAGGCAGUCUACGCGGCUCCCGGCGCACAGGACGAUACAUCCGCUUCUCACACUGCUCCAAAAGUCCGACACGCUGACGGUCAGUCGGAAGAGGAGGACUCAGACCAAGAUUGGAUUCUACCGGGCUCUCGCAAAAGGAAAAAUAAACGUUCAUCUGCCAAUCGAAGAUUAAAAUCGUUCCAACAUAAGGUGCAAAGCAUUACGGAAAAAACCGGUGAUUCGCGAGGUAAACAUGGUGGAUCUAAUAUCGAUGUGUCCGCAACAAACAAAGAGGAUCCUAAGCAAGCAGUGUCUUCCGCGAACACAGUCUGCAAACUCGAAUCUGUCAAGAGUGUGCACUCGGAACUGGAUAUUAAAGAUGAGGGUCCAAUCUAUGAAUCCGGUUCAAAUCAUUAUGAACAAAACAACUAUGGACCCACGAAUCCACAACAGAACUAUUAUUACGUGAUGCAACAGAAUCCUGGAAUUGCCGCGGGAGGGAAUGUCAUGCCUCCGCUAGGAACUCCGAUGAUGCAACAGAGUGUGAUUGUUCAGGGAAUCGCGUCGCCGCAGGUUCAAAGCUACUAUGUGCAACCAGGUGCGCAGACGAGUUACGUGAUGCAGAAUCCACAGACAAAUUUUCUACCUGUCGCUCAACAGCAGCCCGUCUUUCCACAGCAAGGCCCACAGAUGAUACCGACUCAACCAUAUGUUAACAGCGUGAGUUACGUACCCUAUAUGGUAGCUACGACUACGCAGCCUCAGGAAUAUAUGGUUGCAUCAAUAACAAAUCAGCAAAAUUCAUCGAAACCGCAGAAUAGAUGCAAUCAGAACAAUAGAUACACGACGACAUCGCGACAGAACUCGCAACAUCCUAACGGUAUGGUGAUAAGAGGUAAUAAUGUACCUGUCAGAGACACUCAAAGAGCCACUAGCUCAAAACCUAGAGGCAACGUUUCUCAACAACGUACAUCCAAGUCACGACGAAAAGCACCACAAACAUCCAGUACGGAGAACAGCGGCCAGAAGACCACGUCUCUGAUCGUGCUUAGCGAUAGCGAUGAUGAGAUAGAGAUGAUCAUCACCGAAAAAACUAGCACGGAGAAAGAGUCUAGAUCGGUGCAAGCUCAAAGAAAUGUUAAUCAAUCUAAGCAGAAACCUGUAAUUACUUCGGACAUCACUGUCGCAUCGGCGAAAGGCGUCAUCCCACCUCAGAUCAUUCAACGAAUGAAUCAAGGUGGUAUAUCCAUUACACCGAUAAAAAAUACACCUCCGCCACCAACGACGAACGGCAAUACGCAAUUAGUGGUAGUCGUGAACGAGACCGGAAGCCACUACGCCCUUGCAUUACCCAAUGGCAGCAAGCUUAUACUUACUCCAGAACAGGUAGCGCAAAUUAGAGCUUCGAAUGGAGGAAAACUGAUCUUGUAAAACAUGUGUAAUAAUAUUAUAUAUAGCAAUUACUGAUCAACCUGGACUACAUAUGUAUCGUACAUAUUUUGGUCCUGUUUUCCGAUUCAAUCCGUAAUUGAAGGUAAAAUGUGAUACACGUGUGAAUCGAUAGCUUUGCUUUUCAAGUACACUUUUCAUAUUAGGAUUGCGAACCAGAGAGUAUUCUGAUUUGAAUAUUCUCCGAAUAUAUUUAUGCUGAUUUAUAAAGUAAAUUUCUACAGAUGAGAUAUUCUUUGUUACGUGAUGUACAAUUUUAAUAUUGUUUUUUAGUUUUAUUCUCUCUCGCGCUGUGUAUACAAUACAUAUAUAUGUGUCGGGAAAAUUCGUAUUCAACUGUAAUAAUGCUAUCUUACGAUAAAUAGUUGGUGGGAAAAAUAUUAUAUCUUUAGACAUUAAUUCUCAAAGUUUUACAAAAGGAACAGCGAAUAAACUAAUUAUGCGCUAUAUUUCCUAGAAAAAAUGACUCUGCAGCACGUAAAUAAUAAUUGAUUUUUACACGUAGAAUAAACUCAUCCAAAUAGUAACAAGUUACUAUUACACACAUCGAAUGUGAAGAAUUAGCAUUAGCUAUUGUUCUUUGCACAUUUAAUAUCAUAUUAAAAAUUAAUAUUUUAAAUUAAGAUGUUAAUUAGAGAUUUUAAU